AUGUCUUCCUUUCAAUCCCCUUCCCAGCCCUAUCAGGGAAAUGCCGCGCCGUCUCGCCAAUUCGCCGCGUACAACCCGGUCGCCGCCGCUACAGCUCCCGCGGGGACUUUCCUCCCCGGCACCAAGGUCCAGGUGGGCAGCCACCGUGUUAUGGUAGAAAAGUAUCUCUCGGAAGGUGGAUUUGCUCAUGUCUAUGUCGUGCGACCGCCGAAACCGAUCAAUGGUGCGGAGACCGCGGUACUGAAGAGGGUUGCUGUACCCGACAAGUCGGCCCUGGCCAACAUGCGCACGGAGGUGGAGACGAUGAAGAAGCUCAAGGGCCACCGGCAUAUCGUGAAAUACAUUGAUUCGCAUGCUUCUGAACUGCGCGGGGGCGGUUACGAGGUGUUUCUCCUCAUGGAGUACUGCGGGGGUGGCGGUCUGAUUGACUUCAUGAAUACCCGCCUGCAGAACCGGUUGACCGAGCCGGAGAUCAUCAAGAUCUUCUCGGAUGUGGCUGAAGGUGUAGCUUGCAUGCACUAUCUCAAGCCACCUCUACUUCACCGUGAUCUAAAGGUGGAGAACGUCUUGAUUUCGCGGACCGGGGGCUCGCCAUGCUAUAAAUUGUCAGAGGGUCGAUUGAUUGAGGACGAUGUGCAGCGACACACAACUCUUCAGUACCGCAGCCCUGAGAUGAUUGAUGUAUAUCGGAAGCAGCCCAUUGAUGAGAAAAGCGAUAUCUGGGCCCUUGGUGUAUUUCUGUACAAACUAUGCUACUAUACGACACCCUUCGAGGAAGUUGGUCAAAUGGCCAUUCUCAACGCCACAUUCAAAUAUCCUGCAUACCCUCAGUUUUCAGACCGGUUGAAGCUUUUCAUUGCGUCGAUGCUUAAGGAGCUUCCUGAAAAGCGUCCAAACAUCUAUGAAGUGGUGAAGGAAGUUUGCAAGAUGCAAGGAAAAGAAAUUCCUAUUCGAGAUAUCUACUCCAAUCGAUCAGUUUCUGAGGCACGGAAAUACCAGGAGUUGCCUCCUACGCCCGUAGAGGCCCCUGCAGCGGGCGCGAAAUUCACCCCUCCUAUGCAAGAAACGCAAAUUACUAUCCCCGAGAUUGCGCCGAUGCGAAGAGGUCGACCCGUGAAGCCCCAGUCCCAACACGACUCUGCUAAGCCGAGUCCUUCUCCGUACCGUGGCUCUUCCAAUACAUCCUCCGAUCCGUUCGCAGCUUUGGAUGGGAAUUCCCGGAAGAAGAAAGUUGCAGACGAACUAUCCAAACGAUUCCCCUCACUGGAGCAAUUUGACAUCCUGCACGAGACAGGCGACAAAUUCGACUUUGAGCCGACUUCGAAGGAGUCUAAGCCCGAGGAUGAAGAGCUCUCGCAGAGACUCACCAAUGCUUUGGCUGAUAAUGCCUUUGCUCGCAGAUCUUCUCCUGAGCGGCAAGAAGUUGCUGCCGGACGGCAAUCACAGACAUCGCCUGUCCGAACACCCAAGCCACAGGAAAUACCCAUUCGGCAAUCAACCCCAUUAUACCAGCCUACUCCUAAGCGACCUGCAAUGGUUUCAACGGGUACAAUGACCUCACCUGCUCAGACUCCUCGUCUACAAGAGCCGAAGUUAUCUAGCCGCCCUAUUCACCGAUUCCCUCCCCCAGAGGAGCAACGGUCUGCAAGUCAGCCGUGGUCUCAAGAAGAGCAGAAAGCUCCGUCGCCCCCAUCUUCGAAUUUGAGGCUAGAGGCUAGCCCACGGCUGUCAUCUGACCAGUUUUCCCACCAGUCGAACUCUGCACGCCCUUCUAUGGAAGCACUGCGACGAACUACAACGCUAGAUGUGAAUGAGCCUGCGGCGAGAUCGAGAUCUGCGAUUGGUAAAGCUCGCCCUGUGUCAGUCCAAGCCUCGGCGCGAUUCGAAGCGACGCAUGACCACGAGGCUUCACGUUCGUCCUUGGACCUCUCACGCUACGAGGGUGGGGCACCAAUUCGCCCUAUUCGUACGGAAUCGGACCGCGAAUAUGACCAGCCCAACAUAUCGUCGGACGUGGAUUACCUACGAGUGAAAGAGGAGGAAGAGAGCAACCGAAAGCGUGAGAAGCGGGCUAGCACUGGAGCCAAGCACAGUAAGCGCAGUAGCUUGUCCACCCUGUCCUUCUCUGGAAGCAAGAACUUGUUUGCAGGACGGUUCGGUGAUGCAUUCCGGCGUUUUGAGAGCAGCAACCCGGAAAAGCCUACGACUCCAUCAACAGAAGAAGUUCCCUCUCAACAAUUCAUCAGCAGCUCGGAAAGCUUGGACUCACCCACAGAUAAUUUCUCUCCAUACCAGGAUGAUCCUCUAGAUGACCUGGAACGCGACGACAUCUCCCCAGAGAUGCGUCGUGAGCUAGAGCGCCGCCGCCUUUCCCUAGAAGAGAAGCGGGUAGCUAAUGCCGCAGCUGAAUAUCGGCGCCGGGUCGCUGAAGAAGGGGGCGGUAGAGCUGGUGCUGACGGACCUCGGUCUCGUGUGAUUCAAAACAGAGUCCAGACAUUGCUCGGUGAGACCCAGAAGCCGGCCGUUCCCAAGUCCGCAACUGGCUAUGGGAAAUACACCGACACCACUGCUUUGCAGGCAAAGCAGGAUAGUGUGAAAUUCUCGAACACUGGUACACUGCCCAUUUCCAAAAUUUCCAGUCCCGUCUACACUAGAAAUGAGGCAGUUGCUUCGGCUCCUCCCGAUCGUCGAGAGGCAGCCAACCCCUCUGUUGGACUUCCACAAUCUGCUACCUCUUCGUCUACGCCACGUCCCUCAGCGUCACGUCCACCUGCGCCACCUAAGCCGAAGAAUCUGCGUGUGGGUACAAACGAGAGCUCCCGACCAGGCACCAGUGCCAGUCAAGAUCGCAGUCCAGCUUUCCAGCAAUCAUCGGCGGGUCCUGGCGGGGAAGACUGGGAAGCCAAUUUCAGUCGGCGAUUCCCAAGCCUCUCUGGCAUCGAGAUGGAGACGGAAAUUGAAAUCCCCAAAUUCCCAAAGCUGCGUACUCGGGAAGUGUAA